AUGACUCCCUACAAACUUGUUAAUGGCAAGAAUUGCCACUUGCCGGUGGAGCUUGAGCACAAGGCAAUGUGGGCCAUCAAAACUUUGAAUUUUGAGCUCACUAGUGCGGGUGAGCGGCGCUUGCUCGAUCUCCAUGAGUUAGAAGAACUCCGCAUGAAUGCCUAUGACUCGGCAAGCAUCUACAAGGCGCGUUCUAAACAAUAUCAUGACGCCAAGAUUGAGAAGAGAGAGUUCAAGGAGGGGGAAAAGGUCCUCCUUUAUAACUCUCGUUUGAAGUUCUUCCCGGGAAAACUAAAGUCCCGGUGGAGCGGUCCGUUCGAUGUUGUUCGGGUUUUCCCCCAUGGUGCUAUCGAGAUUCGGAAUGAUGAUUCCGGGUCCUUCAAAGUGAAUGGGCAUCGGCUCAAACACUAUUUCUUGGGAGACUCUAUCGGAUCUUUUGCUUCCUUGGAUCUCAAGGACCCCCCAUGA